GUGGGGCAUCACUGAGCCGAAGCCCAAGGAGUACUCGUUCAAAGCCUACCGGCAGCUGGUGAGAGAGGCCAAACGCCGGCGCCUCAAGGUCCAGAUGGUCAGCUCCUUCCACCAAUGCGGCGGGAAUAUCGGUGAUGCAUGCUACAUUCCCUUGCCAGAGUUCGUGCGGAAGGAGACGGACAUUUGGUACAAGGAUGCUGGAGGGAAAGAAACCCAGGAGUACAUCUCUCUUUUCGCCGACGAUGUUGUGGUGGGUGGGCGAACACCUCUGCAGAUGUACAGUGACUGGUUCACAGCGUUUGCAGCAGAGUUUGCAGAGGACCUUGGCGCCCCCAUCAUCGAAGUGAUGGUUGGUCUCGGGCCCUGUGGAGAAAUGAGGUAUCCCGCCUACCCGCUGGAUCGCUGGAGCUUUCCGGGCAUUGGCCAGUUCCAAUGCCACGACAAGCAUGCACUGGAGAGCCUGAGGGGCGCAGCCCAGGCAGCGGGCUGCGAGGACUGCGCCUCGCCUCCGGCAGCAGGGAACUACGACGAUGAGCCGAAGGACACCGAUUUCUUCACGAAUGGUUACUCGUCGGAGAAUGGCCGCUUCUUCCUGGAGUGGUAUUCUGACUCGCUGAAGAAGCAUGCCGUCAACAUCCUGCAGCACGCCAGCCAGGCCCUGGGAAAGGAGGUGAAGAUUUCAGCGAAGAUUUCCGGCCUCCACUGGUGGUACGACUCCAACUCCCACGCAGCCGAACUCACGGCGGGCUACUACAACACCAAUGAGCGCAAUGCCUAUUUGGAGAUAGCAAAUGUGAUUCGCGAUGCUGGUGCGCAGGUCCUUGACUUCACGUGCCUAGAGAUGCGCGACUUGGAGCAGCCCGCGCAUGCGCGCUCGAGCCCGCAGAAGCUGGUGGCGCAGGUGAUCCAGGCAGCCAAGGAGGCGGGGCUGGCCUUUGCAGGCGAGAAUGCUCUGCAGCGUUACGACCAGCGAGCCUACGAGCAGAUGCUCUCAUACAAGGAGCUCAGGGAUAUGACUUUGAAAGGGAGCUUCAGACAUGAGGCGCUUUUGGUUGGUGGCUGCUAUGAGUUCGGAGGGUAA